CGGCCGGCCGCGCCGCGGCCCGGGGGACUGCAUGGAGGCGAAGGCGGAGUCCGCGCCCGAGGCCGGAGGUGUGGGUUCCGUGUCGGCGGAGGAGAUCGAAAAGUGGAUGGAGGAGGCUAUGCGUAUGGCAAAAGAUGCCCUAGAAAAUACUGAGGUUCCUGUUGGCUGCCUGAUGGUCUAUAACAAUGAAGUUGUCGGGAAGGGAAGAAAUGAAGUUAAUCAAACCAAAAAUGCUACCCGCCAUGCAGAAAUGGUGGCCAUCGACCAGGUCCUCGCCUGGUGCCGGGGCUGCGGCAGGAGCCCCGCGGAGGUGUUUGAACACACGGUGCUGUACGUCACGGUGGAGCCAUGCGUCAUGUGUGCUGCUGCCCUCCGCCUGAUGAAAAUCCCACUGGUUGUAUAUGGCUGUCAAAAUGAACGAUUUGGUGGUUGUGGCUCUGUUCUGAAUAUUGCCUCUGCUGAUUUACCGAACACUGGGAGACCAUUUCAGUGCAUUCCGGGAUAUCGGGCUGAGGAAGCAGUGUCCAUGUUAAAGACCUUCUACAAACAAGAAAAUCCCAACGCACCAAAAUCAAAAGUUCGGAAAAAGGAAUGUCAAAAGUCUUGAACUCGUUCCGAUGAAAGACUGAUGCCCCUGGAUGAAAUUCUUGGACUAAAAGCUGUGGACAUCGUUGAGGCAAAUGUUUAUAUGCUGUUUUUAACCAGUGGGAAAAUGAUCUCUCAUCAUUUGCUCUGUUAAAGGAAGAAAUGAGAACUUUUUGAAAGUCUGACAAAUUUAUACACCUGCUAGCUUUUCCACAGUCUGAAAAAACAUUUUAAGAAGAGGAAAAAUUAAACAUUGAGGUUUUAGAAAUGAGUAAGCAGUACGUGCUUUUCUUACCCAAACUUUUACACCCAGUCCAGGAAAGUGCUGACUUUUUGAGACUGUGUGUCUGGACCCGGUUGCCUGGUGUGUGUGUCUGGACUGGUGCGCGCCAUGCUGUGGACACCUGCUUCAGGACUGGUAUUUUAGAAUCAGAUUCUUCAUUCUUUGAAGCUGUUAUUUUCACCCAGGGUGUCAGGGGCCUGCGACUUCCUUGGAUAUUGCAUAUGAAUGAUAUAAUAUAAACCAUGACUACAUGAUCCUCAGGAAACAUUUUUUUUUUGCUUAGACAGUCUGGAGAAAAUUCAUACUUUAAAAACCAGUGCUUUAUUUUAUUAAUUUUUAAAAGAUUUAUUUAUUCAUGAUAUAAGAACCAGGGUACAGGCCAGAAGUGCGGGAGGGUAAGAGGAUUCACCAGAGACAGAGUGGGGAACAGAACAGGCAUACUGACUGAAAUACAUUGCUGAGGGGAGCAGCGGGCGAGACAGGAGAGGUCUGCCUCACCAUGUGGGUAUUUCCUCGGCCUGCUGAUAUUGAACCCGCACUGUAGAGGCUGCGGACAGCUUCAUAGCACUGUGCUCAACCACCUGCACCACCAGGGAGGCCCUGAAAACCAGUGCUUUAAUGUCAUUUAAAAAUGAUAGCAUAUUGCUAUAAUAAAAUCUUGUUU